AUGUGGGGUUUGUCGUCUGCAGCUACAGCAGCAGCCAGUGACCUGGUGGAGGUGUGUGUGGAUGGGAAGCCACUCAUGGUGGAAUCAGGAACCACAGCGCUUCGGGGUAACAGGGGGGCUCUACUCACUGUAUUUGACUAUAGAAUAGAACAUCUUGUCCCAAAAUUUUUUUUUAGAUAGUAAUUGCUUCGGCAAUAAAAUCAGGCUUCGUAAAAAUGAGUUGAUAUUUUGUUUUAGGCGUGUGAAAAGGUGGGAGUGCAGAUUCCUCGCUUCUGUUACCGUGAGCGCCUGUCAGUUACAGGCAAGUGUCGGACGGAUGUGUCGCGAGGAGAUUGAGAAAGCUCCAAAGGUAUGUGCUUACGUGUUAUCUUAUCUUAUUAAAGGUUUCCAAAUGUCUGGCAUGUUCUGGUACCCUUGUCUAUGAUGGACACUCUCACGGUCUUACUCUGAUAUGACCACAUCUCUUCUCAGCCAGUGUCAGCAUGCGCCACGCCAGUCAUGGAGGGUCGGAACAUUUUAACUGACUCUGACAAGACAAGGAAAGCUAGGUAGGUAUAAUCACCUGCAAACACCUCAUCCCUUUGAUAGCCUGUUUCUCUAUAGUGAUGUUUGCAUUACCUCCUUAUUUGGCCAUCAUCACCAGUAUUACAGUGUUUUUCAUUACUUUUUCUUCUGAUAACCAGGGUGUGAUGGAGUUCCUGUUGGCCAAACACCCUUUAGGCUGCCCAACCUGUGACCGGGGGGAAAGAAUGUGACCUUCAGGUAAAAUCAUAACAUCAUUGUUUUUCUAAAGCUUCUAAGCCUCAUUUAGAGGUUAGUCAUGAUGAUGGUUCAGCCUGUGGGAGGGACUUGCAGUGAGGUUUUUGGCAUUGGACUUCUAAAAGGAACAUGUUUCCAUUGCGUGAAGACUGUACAGGACCAGUCCGUGAAGUUUGGCAGUGACCGGAGCCGCUUCUUAGAGAGCGAGAGAGCCGUGGAGGACAGGAACAUCGGUCCCCUCAUCAAGACCAUCAUGACCCGGCGUAUCCAGUGCACCCACAGUGUUUGGUGAGUCAGGCUAGUAAUCAUAGUAUGGUCCACCAUGGAAGCGUUCAUUAUAGAAGGCAACACCUUAUUACCAAGAAUUUCAAACGGGAACAGACAUCUAUGUCCUAAAUAAUGUUUUCCCCAUUUGUAGCUUUGCCAGUGAGCUUGCAGGUGUGGAGGAUCUGGGGACCACUGGCAGGGGGGAAAGACCUGCAGAUCGGCAUUCAUGUGGAGAAGAUUCAUUCAUGUCGGCGCUGUCUGGGAAUGUGAUUGACAAAUGCCCUGUGGGAGCAUUGACUUCCAAGCCGUAUGCCUUCACUUCCUGUCCCUGGGAGACCAGGCAUGUGCUUUACACUGUGGUGCAUACAGUAGAAGCUGGCUCCAAGUAGUAGUAUAUAGACCUCGGUGGUUAUCAACUAACCUUUCUCUCCUCACAGGAAGACAGAAUCUAUUGACGUGCUGAAUGCUGUGGGCAGCAACAUCGUGGUGAGCACCCGGGGCGUGGUGAGGUCAUGAGGAUUCUGCCCCAUCUCCACAAGGUCAUCAAUGAGGAGUGGAUCUCAGAUUUUAGACCGGGUAAGCUGAGGACCAGCUCAUAUCACGCCCAUACGGUCUUCACUGACCUUUAUCGGUCUGAAAUUCACACUGAACUCAUUCUCUCCCCAGAUGGUAGGCCUGCGGAUGACGGGUUGAAGCGGUAGCGCCUCAAUCGGCCCAAUGUGAAGGAUGUUUAAACAAAGAGAGAACAGCCCGCCGCUGCUAAAUGAAUAUAGGGGAAACACUGGCGGAGCCUGAGGGGAACAAUGGAACAUUCCUGAUUUGGGUUCCAUUUCCUAUAGAUCUGACCUGUGCUCAAACUAUCUACUGAAUUCCCGCAUUGCUGGCAUUGAAAAGGCUGAUUUGCUGCUCCUAGUUGGCAGCAACCCACACUAUGAGGCACCACUUUUCAACGCACGCAUCAGGAAGAGGUAUAGCUGGGAGGUCAGGGGCUGGGAUGGGAUGGGAUUUAAGUGCUGUCAAGAAUCACUGACAUCUCAAUUUGCAUGUAAAUAACUGUCAUAGCCGUGUGCUGCUUCCAGCUCCUGACUUACGCUCUCUCUUUAAGUGGAAACUAUCAAUCUGAAACGUGUUACCACCAUUAAGAUGACUGGUGGUAUUUUAUGGAUGCUUCAUGUACCCCUGGUAGUUGGCUUCACAACGAGCUGCAGGUGGACUUGACCUACACAUACAAUAAUCUGGGGGAGUCUGCUAAGGUCCUGCAGGAAGUAGUUGCUGGGACCCACCCCUUCUCUAAGGUAAUCAUGUAUUAUUUACACAUCUCUGAUGGUUGGUCACUAAGUGUAGUCAUAGAGAAUUCACUAUGUCAGCAAUGAUUACAAAUCUUGUUCCUAGGUUCUUAGCAAGGCAAAGCAUCCUGUAGUAGUGCUGGGCAGUGGUUCCUUGCAGCGAGAGGAUGGGGCCCGCCGAGACCUGCCAAAGGACAGCCUAAUCAUUUAUCAGGGUCAGCAACGCUCUUCCACAACAGAUACAUAAAACCAUUCUCUGGUGUGCAGCACAGAAUAAUAUCCAUGAUCUUUAAGUGAGUCUUGUGUCAGAUUGAAUGUAGUUUUAGUUUCAUAACUCUACACAGGGCACCAUGGAGAUGCUGGGGCGACGAUGGCUGACAUUCUCCCUGGAGUAGAACACACAGAGAAAUGUAGCACCUAUGAUGAGGGCCGCGCCCAGCAGACCAGGCUGGCUGUGACCGCUCCAGGCAUGGCCAGGCAGGACUGGAAGAUCAUACAGGCCAUAUGUGGUCCUCUGUAGCUCAUCUGGUAGAGCACGGCGCUUGGUAACGCCAAGGUAGUGGGUUCGAUCCCCGGGACCACCCAUACACAAAAAUCUAUGCACGCAUGACUGUAAGUCGCUUUGGAUAAAAGCGUCUGCUAAAUGGCAUAUUAUUAUUUAUUAUUAUAUCCGAGGUAAACUAAUGUUUCACCACACUAAUCAGUGAAUGUGUUCAGUAGUAAUUUCAUGAGUUAAUGUUGUUGUUGUUGGGGGGGGGUGGGGUUACCCUAAAGCUUGCUGGAGUGACACUGCCCUACGACACCAUGGAUGAGGUGCGUGACAGAUUGGCGGAGGUUUCACCCAACCUGCACUAUGAUGCCAUGGGGAGGCCUUUAAGCAGGCAAAUGAACUGGUCA